AUGAGAGAAGCCAGAGUAGGAGAUACCGUGUUAGAUAUAAAUAGUAAUGAACCACCCCUCGAAGGUUAUCAGGAGAUAAAACCUAAUAUUUACUCUAACUUGUAUCCUAGUGAUAGUUCGCAAACCAAGGAAUUCAAAAAGGCUUUGGAAGAAUUACAAAUACAAGAUGGCAGUUUAGUUUUGGAACCUAUUGAUUCACAAUUACUCGGUCCCGGCUUUCGCUGCGGAUUUCUCGGUUUACUGCACCGAGAGAUUGUUUGCGAAAGAAUUCAAAAAGAAUACAAUUGCGAAAUUAUUACUACUCCCCCCAGCGUCACCUAUCGAGUAACUUUCUCCGACAACAAAAUUAUCGAAACUAAUAAUCCCCAGAAAAUACCUAGCGAAGGGAAAAUGAAAAAGGUGGAAGAACUUUUUGUUUCCUUAGAUAUUGCCACUCCCGAAAA